CCCUCUCCUUCAUCAUUUGUUGUGAGAGAUCAGAAUCGUCCUCUGGCUACUGGAUCUUCUAAGCGCGAUAAAUAGCAGUCUUACUGACCUACUGACGCACAUAGCUAUUGCCCUUCAAAUCAUUUCAAAUAUCUGAGCAAGACAUUAGAGAAGCACAAAUACUGUUGACUUCGCAUCUAGGUAAAGAGGCAAGUCGGUCGGCCCUCGUUUAUUUUUUUGAAACCGGGCUUCUUUUUGUGAAUGUUUUCUCGCGGCUCACCGUCAGAAAAACGUUGUUCUCCCACUUCUUCAGAGUGAUGUGAUAUGUUUUCAAAACCACGAGGGAUAUUUGUGAGAAUCUGAAGUGAACAUUGCUUAUUUUGAAACGCGUAUGUUAGGUAAUUCAAGUAAACUUAGUGAAUUCUGUAUUUUUAUUUAAUUAUAUUAUAGAGUGUCUUUUCCAAAUAAAUACUUUAGACACCAGUUUUCAUUAAGAAAAAGGACGGUCGCGAAUUAUGCUUCGCAUUGACCGCCCAGCAAUGUUUACCACCUGGACAUACAAACAGGCUGGACAUUCUAUCAUUGAUCGAGGUAAUCGUAUUAGACCAGAGAGGCACAGCAGAAAAAACAUUCAAAAGAUGACCUGGCGCACCAAAGACUGGGCUAAAGGAUUUAAGGAUGAAGUUGAAAGCCGAGUAGGCAGUAUGACGAUCGCUGAUGUCAGUCCAAGUGUUGCUAUCCGAAGAGUGCUUUUAUUGUACGAGAAUCAAGAAUACAGAGAAGCCGCAAACUUCAUCAACAGAUUAAAUUACAGCACGUUCAAGGCCAUCCUUCCGGAAUUACCCAUCGAAUUAUUUGUUGAUAACAUGCCUCAUACGCUCGCAAUAUUAGAGGCUUUAUACGCGAGGGUGUUUUUGGCUGAUGGAUUAGAUAUAUCACUAAAGCUACUUCGUCCAGACAGUGUGGUAAUGCAAAUGGUCAAAGUCUUUGCAAUGCAACAGGAAGAAUCGUCACCUAUGACUACUUUCGUUUUGGAUCCUAAACACCCCAUUGUAGCAUCGUGCAAGAAAUUGCUAAAGGUUAUAGUUUUGUCCGAACCAAGAAUAAAGAAACUAAUCAGCACUCGAAAGCGGGCACUGGAGAAAUCCAUCAAAGGAUUAGGACAACAUGGCAUGGUUGGAACCUCAGAUAACAAUCUAAUGAAUUUGCACGAGGCUUUAAAGUUGGAGUUCGAUAAAGUAAUUCACAGAUAUAAGAGUGCAGUGCAAAAACUGGAUGAAUUAAGUCUCGCUCCGAAACAGCCCGUUACAAGAUCUAUUUCUCACGGUCCUGCACCCAUUAAAGCAAGCCAUCAACGGCAGUUGAGCCUUCGACAAGAGGAAAUACAAGAAAGACUGAUUAAAAAUAAAACUUUGCUCAAUGUCAUCGAACCAACAUUAAAUAACCAAUCUAUGAAUAUCUUGUUGAAUAUUCUGCAGAGGCGCAUAGAAAUGGAUAAAGAUGCAUUGUUUCAAUUUACUCAACUUCGUAAGGAAGUCAAAGAUAUGAGUCCUAACGCUGUUGUUGCCUCUGCUUUGAUGCGAUUCUCACAAGGCUGUCAGCAGAUUUUAGAACUGAUCAAAGAGUUUGGUGAAGAUGAUAAUGAUGAUAGUAGUACCGACAUAUCCGGAUAUCAUAGUGAUUCGGAUUCUGCAAUUGCCCUUAGCGGGUCUUCAGCUGUUGGAUCAACAACCAACAGAGCGUACAAAUACAACCUGCUGUAUCGAUCAGUCCGAUUUGGCAAUCGUAACAGGAGCAAUCGUAGCAGCAGCAGCAGCAGUGAUAACCAGUCUCUGACAGGAGAAGGAUCCACCUUAAGUUUAGCAAAAGGCUCUUUACAGCGACAUUUUGAAAUCCUAUCAGAAGAUUCUCGAUGUAGCUCUCGAACAGGUAGCUCACCAGUGGACUGUCGUAAUCUGUGCAAAAUUCCCAAUUCCCCUGCUCCGAGUACUCAGUUGUCAGCUAGCAUUCAUUCCUCUGCGUCUUCUGAAGAUUCUUGGAAGAUAGCUGCUUUGAGAAGGGAGGUCAAUGUAUUAAAAGCCGAAUUGAAUCAGUCCAGGCUGAAUAUCGAAUUCCUUCAGCAGAGAGAGCACAAGAUGAAAGAGAGGUUAGCUGAGCAAGCCCGUCUAAUGCUUGACAGAGGAAUACGAUUUGAAAAUGUUGCUUUGGGCGAAAGAAGACCUACAGCUCUCAUUCGGAAAUAUGGAAAUCUAUAUGCUCAGUCCAGAGUGGAUACAUUAGAUGCUUUGGACAGUAUACAGGAACUGGAACGUGCUCAUGAUUUAAAAUCGAAAAUCUUAUUCUCAGCUGUGGUUCUGUCCUUCAGGUCAGUGUAUCACACGAUAUGUGAAAUCAGAUCUCGCAUCAGACAUAUUUUGCAGAUCAACGAGGAAAAAGAAAAAUCAUCUGACUCAACUAUCAGAGACUUGGAUAUUUGCAUCAAUAAUUAUAUGAAAAAUUCAGUGGACAGAUUUGAUCUUCGAAAAAAUUUGGAAGAAGUAUUAUCCCAGAUCUGGGCAACACUUUACGAUUAUCCAUCGUUAAAAUCCUGUGAAGGGUUGAAGCACUAUGUGAAAGAUUGUGUGCGAUUGGCUUGGAGUCUUUCAAAUCAAUCUCCUCCUUUCGUGAUUGAGUAUGAAGGAAGAAUUUUCCGAAAAGAUCUUCAUGUGCGUUUCCAUUCGUCCAAUCAAGAAUCUGAUCAUAUCAAGACAUAUCUCUGGCCAACACUAUUGGAAGGAAGAAACGGACCUUGUGUUCACAAAGGAGUUGUUAUAACUUGAUUUUUUUUUUCCAUCUCAUGGUUUUAAAUUCUAUAUUUAUUUUUGCCACUUCACAAAGAAUAUGGUUUUUGAUAAUGUGGAUUGUCUCAUUGAUUUUUAAGCAUGCGUUAUGCAAUUUCAUUUAUUUUUAUAUUCAAUAUCACGGAGUAUAUAAAUGUUUGUAUAUUUCCUAACUGCAUUAAGCUGUUACUUGUGUUCAGUUUUAUUUCUUUGCGCUUUAUAAUUUAUUUAAUCAGGACUCAAUAAUUUGUGAGAGGUAAAGAAUUGGUUGAUUUAUGUAUCACGUGUCAUAAAAUGGAUGAAUUAAAUAAAGAUAUAUGCCAAAAAUA